AGGAAAGAUAACGAGCGUACUGGUUACUGCUGAUUAAGCGAUACCUAACUGAUGAAGAGUGCAAACGCUCGAUUGUUCAUAACAGGAAGUUUACAAGCUUGAACAGGUUCUUGCACGAGCUGUCUGGUAACCCGGCGACCACUCCGGAAACAACACAAAGGCAAGCGGCCGAACGAGUGAGUCAUCACACAAAAAGAGUGGGAGCGGGUUCCUUCCGUUCAGUUUCAUUCCAGUGUGUAUAUUUUGAAGCUUCGCACAGAUUUGGCAUCCUUGGACCUAUUUGCAAUCUCUGUUUCUAUCUCCAAGUCGCGUAACGAAAAGAGCUUCAAAUCGUGGUUCAGAUUAACAAUUUUUAUGUCAGUUACCUAGUCUUCUUAGCAGCCGUUGUUGUGACUGUCAGUUACCCAAAACUAACUUGAAGCCGCUUUACACGUCAGAAAGAGAAAAUUUAGAACGACAACUCCAGACAGGCCACAGUGAUAUUAUGAAAUCGGCGAUCAAGGCUGUUGUAGCUUCUCUUAUUCAAGUGGUGCUGAUCUUCAAUCAACGCAGCGUUGAAGCAGAAUUCAGUGAAACUUGCGACAACUCCACCAAUUCACUCACCUGCAUUCAUACAUAUGACCAGCUCUAUGACAGCCUAACAAAGUCAGAGAACAGUUUUAACAUUGAGUCUGCCUUGUAUCCAGCCAAAAGGCCCCGUUCUGUUCGUAUGUUUGUGAGUUUACAUGGUCCCAACAAAACAGAUGAACCCGUUGCACGGUACACUUGGAGCUUAUCUUGUCUGUACGUUGCUGUUCCAACUCUCUUCCUGGAAAUUGUGUCACUUGGAUCAAUCCUUGUCAGUCAUCGGACAAAAGAAUUGAACUUAAACAUUCCAAAUUUCUGUUGCAAUGUGUCGAAAACAGAGGAUGAAAGAAGGAAGACAAUAAAAGAUAUGAUUGAAGGUGUCCUCGCUUCGCUUCAAGAUCUGGCCAUUUAACCAAAGAUAAGGGAUCCACGGCUGAACAAUGCGGAGUGUGUUAUCGAGGGCCAUGGUAUAGAUAUGGAAGCUACUGGACGCAGUUUCUACAUCAGAAUAAUAAUGUGGGUUUCUUUUCUCUUCACCUUCACUGCGUAUGAACCAUUCUGGCAAAUGACAAUAGGAUAUGCGACUCUUUUGAAAAUAAAAAAUAGUUCUGGAUAUGAGGCUAUGGUAUGUUUAAGUAUUUUCGUGGGAAUACUUGGUUCAGUUAACUGGAUGAUACUUUCAUCUUUCAUAAUUUAUAAUAUUUUAAGAGACGACCCAACUUUCUACGUAGAUACAUGUAUCUUACAUCUUUCUGUUCUCGUUUUGUGCCUUAUAACCCCCCUCCCAUACACAGCGAAGUACAUCUGGGUUAAUUGUAGGAGCUCUAAUCCAGGCCCGAAAUACAGAAGCUAUAUGUGGUACAUUAAACUAUUUGCCCCUUUAAGUGCUAUUUAUACCUGUUUCUACUUCUGUUGGGUGCUCGUCGGCGUAAUGCUUAACCCGAUUUGGGGCUUGACUGUUGCACUGGCAAUAUGUUUUACUUUUGCCUCAUUCACUUAUGUAGUCUACAACUACGUAAACCUUAAGGAAUCGUUAUUUGAUGUUAACAUGCAAGGAUAUUUACGGAAAAAGUGGGUGCGUAGUUGGCUGGCUGUCAUAUUUCUGACAUUGGUGGUAAUUUUUGCCGGACAAUCGUUUAAUGAAAGAGAAACCGCCGAUAAACUACUCCAGACUGUUCUGUUGGCCGCUCUUGCUUAUGUUAUCUCGUGGCUGUCAUGGAGGUCUUCGAAUAACAGGCAAACCCAACCUGUACUCGGUGGUCCGUUUACCGAUCACUCUCCCAGCCAGUCACCUCCAGUAAACGACGCUUUUAAUCAACUUCUUCAGCUUGUCACUGAUUAUAGUGGACAGCAACCUCAUUCUGCGAGUGACCAAAGAAUGCCGAUAAUCGAUGAAACUUCGGCAGAAAUCCAGUCUUCCUCAGGGGGGUCCUCUGUUCACAGCCAACCAUCUGCUCUGAGUGAGACUCUGACCGAAAUUGUCGUUGAUGUGCAUGAGUCUCCUUCCAGUGUAACAUCUCAGCGCACCCCUAGCCAGCUGCCACUUGAUGACUCGUUGAAAGUGAACUAUCAAACUACAGCGGAAAGCCAGUCUCUUUUAAGUGAUUCACCUGAUCAUCAAACCCAACCAAAUGAUUCCUCAAUGAGGAAUCAAGAAACUGAUGAGCCUCGUGAACUCCAACCUCUCAUGUUCAAAGAAACCUCGGUGUGAGAGUAUAUUACUAAAAUGGAGCGCACACUUUUCUUGUGGAAUUUUUCCUUUUUUAAAGACUGCUGAAGAACGAAUUAUCCAGGCAGCCUUAUUGUGGUGAUCGGACUGAGUGGAUUGUACAGCACUCGUCUAAUUUGAAAACACAAGACUUGUUAGUGUGAUUUUAGCUCAAAAUCUCACGACAAGAAGUUCAAUUACCUGGCUUUAUUACAUCCAUUUUGAUAGGCCAAAAUUUCAUCGCUCAGAUACAGGAUUUCUUAGUCUGUACAAAUGUUUUGUUGAUCCAGUUGUAAGCUGAUUUAUAGGAAGUUGAAAAGUUGGAUUUUUAUUUUCCUGGAAUUUGUUCGUUUGUUUGUUUUUUCAACAAGUAAUUAUUGUUGAAUUUUAGCAAAAGUUUCCUCAUUGGAUGGGAAAACGAUCGGAUUAAGAGCGAAAUAAUGGUGCGUUUCGUGAAUGAAAGGUCACAAAUGAGACUGAGCCAAUCAGAUUACAAUGAUCACUAGUGAUUUUAAAAUGGAAGUAAUAAGAGUGGUAAUUAGAUUGCCAUGAGUUGAUCAUACUACAGAUAUUACAAAACGUAUAAGCUCCUAUAGAAACUGUAGAAAUGCGUCGGUGAAAAUAACGCAAGAUAGUUUGGUUUUUAUCAACAGAGUUGAUAAUACAAAUUGGUCACCGUGAAGAGUUUCUAUACCUGAUAUCUCUCAUGUUCCCGACCCUCUCUCGCUCCAGGAGGCGAGAAGAUGAAAGACCCUGGGAACGAGGUUGACGUUUUAAGCCUUAAACCUUCGCCAGACGCUCAAAACGACAGCUUAAGAAACCCUUACAGUGGCCAACUUACGAUAUCAACUCAGUUGAUAAAAGCAAAUUAUCCCACAGUCAGGUACCUGCCAUUAUUUAUUACUCAGGGUUGGAAGGGGAGGUGGGUUCAGAGGAUUUUGGCUGCCGGUGACCCGAUAAAAUUGUCUUACCUGAUCCCCCAUGAUGAUCUGUAAUAUUCUUAUGUUUCCUUCUCUUUAGCAGUCAAUUUCCUAUACCCCCUGUAGGUGACGAAUGAAUCUCCGUCCGUUCCCCCGAAAAUCCAUUUGAUUCGACCUCCCUUCCCCCCCCCCUCACUCCGUGACAAAUAAUGACUGGUCUCUAUUUAACUUUUUAGGAAAACCGAAAAGCUAUUUUGAUGUGCAUUACUUUAACAUGUAGUUGUUUAAUUGUAGCGAGAAGCUAACUUUAGAUCUGAGAAGAAUUUCAAUUUUCAGUCAGGAGAAAUGUCCUACUUUUGAGUAUCGCUUUUCUUGGAGCUAUAUAUCCUGGAAUUCAAUUGUGUUAUUAUGUGGAUAACUUAGUUACCUAAAAUAAUCUAAUGAGAUCAGUUGAUGUUGAUGCGAGCUCUUAACGAAUCCAUUAUAUUUGGAUUUUCUUUGUUUUGUAUGAAUGUAAUCAGCUUAAAGUAGGAUUUGCCACCUAAUAAAGUUGUCAGUAAA